AUUGCAUUUUUAUUGAAGAUGAAACAUUGUUUCUUCGUUUUGUCAAUACUAGAUGGCUCACUCUUUCUUCUUCACUUAUAAAGGUUCUAUUAAGGUGGGAAGACACCAAGAAAUAUUUUUUGGAAUAUAUUCCAAAACAAAAGGAGUAUAAAAAGACACUGACAAACAAUAAGCGUAAUAUUCGAAUUCAAAGAAGUCUUAGGGAAACUGAAAAUCUAUUUAAAGUUAUUCUUCUUCUUAUUUUUUUUUGAAUUAUUACAUAUAAUAGAGAUUUGAUUAUUUUAGGAGUUACUUGUGUCCAUCAAAUUCCUUAUUGGUUUAGCUCCCUUGUUUGAGAAAUACUUGACAAUAUUUCAAGAUGAAGGACCACUUGUUCAUAUUUUAUUUUAUAAAAUGAAAAAUCUUUUAAUAUCUUUAAUGAAACGUUUCCUUCAACCGACUGCUGUUAAUGGAAAGCUUUCUAAAGAUUUUUUAAAAAUUGAUUCUUCUGAUUCAACUAUCCACCUUGAUUUGAAUAAAAUGGACUUUGGCGAGGAAGCUAAAAACCAGGUGAACAAAAUAUCAUGUGAAAAAAAAAGAUUUGUCUUCUUACAGCAAAUGAGAGAUGGAUAUAUAUCUGUUGUAAAACACUUGCAAAAAAAACUUCCACUUGAUUUGCAGAUAUUAAAAGAUAUAACUUGUUUGGGUGCUCAAAUGAGAUCAGAACCUUGGACUGUUAAUGCAAUUGGGCGAAUAGCAGUUAGGAUGCCACAUGUAAUUAUGGAAAAGGAGGUAUCAUUUGUGAAAGAUGAAUGGAAAUUAUACCAAGCAGCUAAUAUAUCAAAAGACUGGUAUAUAGAUUUUGAUACAAAAAAACUAAAAAGAGUAGACCAUUAUUGGGCUAAAAUUUUUGAAAGUAACAAUGAAUAUGGAAAAACAAAGUAUGGGUAUCUCAGUAAAGUUGUUAAGAGCUGUUUAACAAUUCAGAAUGGAAAUGCCAGUGCUGAGCGAAGUUUAUCUGAUAACAAAAAUACAUUAACUCCUGAGAGUAAAUCUAAAUGA